GAAGGACGUAGAUCGUUUUACCGAAGAAAAAUAGACAAGGCAACAACUAAACUGCCGCAAAACACAACCAUAAAAUGACGACCAAAAGAUAUCUGUGUGUUCUUCUCUGUCUGACAAGUUAUUUGACUUAUUCUUCUGGUAUGAUGACACAAGUUCGUAAAGAAGAAUACCUUGGGUGCUUCACGGAAUCCGAAGAGUCCCGGGUUUUUUCCUCCGGUCCGGGGGACUAUGACCCUCAUGAUAUAAGUCCAAUACGAUGUUUGGAGCAAUGUGGUAUCAAGUACAAGUACGCAGCACUACAGGAUGGGAGAUUGUGUUUGUGCUCAAAUACUCUACCAGGCACUCCAAAACUGGACGACUCAGAGUGCAACACGCCUUGUCCAGGUUCUAGUAAGUGGCCGUCUUCCGAGCAUUACCUCAAGUGCGGUGGACCCCUGAAGAACAGCGUAUAUAACGCCGGAGAGCGCAUUUUGGGGUUUACACUACAGAAGAUAGAAUCGUUGAAUAUUUUAGAGCCGGUCAAUAUCCAUGGUGGAAUUACCAACGGGAUUAAUGUGAGUUAUGUCUUUGACUUGGGCGAUGGAACGCUGGUAACCAAGCCUUCGAGCGAACCGAAAGCACGCCAUAUAUAUGACAAACCUGGGUCGUACGUGGUGACUGCUACAGCUAGUAAUAUCAUCUCUGGUGAGGUGGUGGCCUCGGAGGUGUAUAAUGUGGACGAUCCUAGGAAUAAUAUCCGGUUAACGUGUCCAAGGGCAGCUGAAGUUGGACAAAUCGUAGAAUGUAAUGGAACGAUGGACCGCGGAUCGCGUGUGAACUCCACGUUUGUGUUUUCAGAUGGUCGGACCGACCGAAUGUCUAUCAGCUCCAGGUAUUAUAGUGCUGGUACGAUUGUUCCUCGAGGGAACGACUCGUCCGUCAUCCCCGUGCUCAAUACCCCAGGGACUAUCCUAAUCCCGGCGUACGAGUUCCAACACGAUGGUCAAGUGACGCACUGGGACUUCGAGAUCGUCAAGAAAGGAACAAUCAAACUGAUGAUACUCCGCCCUGAGUGUUCCGCUGGGGAAGAAUAUUGUACAUCUACUCGCUCCUGCAAGAUCUCAUCCUCCUCCUGCCUCCCCCUUAAACAGAAAAAGUGUUCCUCCGAUGAAAUGUUUUGUAUGAUUCAGAAGCGCUGCGUCAGUAACGCUUAUACCACAACCCAAGACGCCAACAACAACCCUGUCAAGGUCUACACCAGCAGCAGCACCUGCCCAAUACAAGCCCCGUACCAAUGGUCCGAGCCGAGAGCCGACUACAGAAUCUUGUUCGUUCAGGAAAUAAGCCUGGAAACUAUUGGGCAUCACAUCUCGGCAAUCCCACUGGCGCAGCAGCCGUUUGUUAAAGAAGGUGACAUACUGGGCUGGUUGCCCGUGACUGGUUACCUAGCGUACAAGUCGGUAGCUGAUCACGAAGGUGCGUCUUUCGAGUAUAGCUCCGGUGUGUCAGCUGUGAAUGACAAACUUCUCCGCAGCGGUUCCACAACACUUCACCAAAAGCAUUUCGUAUUCGCCGCACAUUACGCGCAUGUGGCCAAGUUUGUGGUCCGAAAUCGUUUCGGGACUCCAGGUUUGAAAUCUCUUACCUCGAACAUUACCGAACCAUUGUACUUAUACAUCGAUUAUCCUAUUCGUAAUGUCACAUUCGAGGCAAGCAAGUUCGCGAAUACAAACGACUCAGUUGAAUUCCUGGUUCCUGAACAUCCCGGCACAAAUACUACGUACUUCUGGGACUUCGGCAACGGUGAAUCUUUGUAUACCCACUUGCCGUCAAUCUCUUACGCCUUUCCAACUGAGGGAGUUUUUUACGUGAGCUUGCGAGCUGAAAACUCCAUUAGCCAUACCGUCCUCACAUUUCCAAUCUCUAUCUUUGAUCCUAUCCUCGAGCUCGAAUAUAAAUCCCCAAUUAAAGCAAACGCACUAGGCACUGAGACGCUAAUAGAAUGGAAGACAUCUCGGGGUACCAAUAUUACAUUUGUUGUUGACUUUGGGGAUGCCACACCUAGGUAUACUGCGGUCACUACGUUAUCCGGAGGUAGGGCUGUUGAUACUAGGCAUACAUACUCCGCUGUUGGGAACUACACGGUCACUGUGUACGCGUUCAACAGAGUGGGGCCGAACAUCACUUUAGUGUCCUAUGCCGUUGUGGAAGUCCCACUAGAAGGUCUAGAGUUCAGCGUGCCCAACCCUCAUAUCACUAAGAAUAUCUACCUGGCUGCCGGGGACACGAUGACUGUCUCGAGGCACUACCAGAAAGGCACUAAUAUCAAGUGUUCUUGUGACUUUCGAGAUGGAACCCCACCUGUACUGACGACAAGCCAAGACAUGAGUCACACCUACACAAACGCGGGGACAUACCAUGUGGAAAUCACCUGUUUCAAUGACGUGAACUCCAUAACCAAACCACUGAAUGGAACUGUUGUAGUCCAGGAACUACAGGCAAUUACUGGCUUGACAGUCCUUACUUCGGCUACAAAGUUCGGAACUCGCUCGGAGCUUUUGCUAGAAAUGGCUACAGGGUCAGUAUUUGUUUGUGAGUGGGACUUCGGCGAUGGGAACAAAACCAGCACUGACUUCUCGUUUAUGGGGCAAACAAUGUAUUAUACUUAUGUGGCAGUCGACACUUACAACGUGGCGGUCACGUGUACAAACAGAGUAGGAUCCGUGACGGCAAGGGCAGUAGCGCCAGUCGAUAUACCAAUUGACGGCGUGAUAAUCAGCAACAACAAGCGUUACAUCAAGGUCGGCGAACCAGUGCGCCUCGACGUCACGGUACAAAAAGGAACGAGAAUGGUUUACACGGUCAGCUAUGGUGAUGCUUCGACGGGAUCCUUGUCACGUGACACAGCGAAGGCACCGAGUUUGGCCGAUCACGAGAGUUUUACGCAUGCGUACGCCACCGAUGGUUCUUACACAGUCAAGGUUAAUGUGUCAAACUCGUACGGCUGGAAGGAGGAGACUUUGGGUGAAACAAUUAUGGCGCAGUACCCAGUAGAGGGAAUCAUCCUGAGGUCAAAUUCCCCGGUACGGCUAUCAUCAGGAAAUGUGACUUACUUCAUCAGCGUCCUUGAAGGCGCCAACCCCCCUACAGGGGCUUAUGCUGUGUGGUCUUUUGGUGACAACAGUUCAGUGACAACACCCGAACCCAUUUACGACUUGCGACAGAAAACGUAUAUGCGCUCCCAUCGAUUCAUGAUCAAUAACACAUUCACGACAACGGUGAACAUUAGUAAUCAAGUCAGUCAUGAGGUGUUGGCCAUCGACGUUCGAAUCCAGAUGCUUGUUGGGGUGAUUAUCACUCCGCUAUUGGUGACUAACGCGACGUUAUUCACCAUUACUAAUGGUUACGGACCGGAGAUGAACUAUUUUGAGGUUAAUAAGCUGAUUGCGUUCACCUCUUCCUCCCAACUUGGUGAUCGAACCUGGGCAUGGGAGUUUGGCGAUGGAGCAUCCACAAAUGUGUCGAGUAUCCCUACUUCUACCCAUACGUUUAAUACCUCAGGGACCUACGCCGUGCGAGUAGUCGUCAAUAACUUUCUUGACGUGCUGGAGGCGGAGAAGACUGUCUUUAUACAGGACCCGGUAGGGAAUGUCACCCUGAGCUCUCAGCUACCAACGUACUACCGGGAGCCAACAGUCUUCAACUUCCAGGUCACUUCCCGCGGCUCACAGUCGUGCUUGAAACUAAGCCUCGGAGACAAUAACGGCGCCAUUUUCGGUCAAAGGCAUUGCAGGCCUAGCGUGAUGGUGGCUAACGUGACAUUUAUCCCCGUCCCUGAAAACCAGACUUCGUUCAACUACAGCUACAUGUAUAUUUAUCGGGGGAACUACUCGGUGGAAUUGACCUUGUGGAAUUUUGUGUCAUCUCAGUCUGUAGUUUGGCCUAUAGAGAUUGCAGAUUUGCCUUGCGACUAUCCCAUUGUCAGAAUCGACAGCGAGGGAACCAAGACAAGCCCUCGUAAGGUGAAGAAGUCAGAGCCGCUCGUGCUCCCUGCUGAUGUCAGGUACAAAUGUCCUGUCGGCAAGAGGAUCAUCUUCUCGUGGAAGGCAUAUGAGGUAACCUUGCUCAACCCAGACGACGAAAGCAGGCCAUUCAAUCUCCCUGUGAACGAAAUAAAGACCUUUGACCUCCCUGCCCGUGAUACUAUCAUGGAUGCAGGGUCAAUAAAGAUCAAAGAGCGCACCUUUCCCUUCAUUACCCUCAAGUUCACUCUCGAAGUCGGCUUUGUCGGGUCCGAUAGAGACUUGACUCACUUCACGCAUAGCCACAGCGUCUGGAUAGAAGUAGAAAAGUCCUUGCUGUAUGCUGUCAUUAGAGGCGGCCAGCGUAAGUCAGUGGGUUACGAGAUGGAUAUGCUUCUUGAUGGCUCAGAGUCCAAGGACCCCGACAAUCCGACCAACACAACCGGGAUUGUCUACACGUGGUGGUGUCGUAGAGAUGAAGAGAGCUUUCCAUCAGCUUUCGACGCGCCUAACCCUACCGGGGGAUGCUAUGGAAACGGGAAUUACCAACUCAACGGCUCGACCUCAGAAAUCUCUGUUUACACAGGCGCUUUCCUUCAGAACGCCGUCUAUGUGUUCAGAAUCAAGGUGGUUAAGGAGGAGCGUGAGGCUGUGUUUGAUCAGUACAUCACCAUACUGCCCGGACAACCUCCGACUAUGAACCUCAAAUGUAACUUCAACUGCCUGGCCAAGACCAACCCCAUCGAGCGUCUGGUCAUGGAGACCACUUGCCAGGACUGCAAGCCGACCGACAUCCUGGGAUAUGAGUGGUCCCUCCACCGCCUGCUUCUCGGCAAAGACCCCGACCAGAUUGACUCCUGGGAAACCAUUAACCCUACAAGUUGGGCAGUCAACACCUCUACUGGGAUCGACAAGGGCAACUUGGUCAUCAACUCACAUUUCCUUGAACCGAGUCGUAGCUACUUCCUUCGUCUGAAUGCCUGGAAACCGGGAGGGUACCCAGGAGGUUUUGUCGAGCACAGGUUUACCGUAAAUAUCGCACCUACAAGUGGUUCCUGUAGUGUUGAUCCUUUGGAAGGCUUUGCAUUGGAUACAACAUUUCAAGUGAAGUGCGACGGAUGGGAUGAUCCUGACACUCCUCUUAAGUACCUUGUAGAGUUACGCAAUGGCGCGGACAUUGUGCCCAUCUCGGAUGGCUUUGAGCCGUACACAUCAGCUGUGUUCCCUCUUGGCAAGGAAGAGAACAACUACACCCUCACGGUCAAUGUAAAGGUCAUGGAUAAGUUCUUCCUGGAUGCAACAACCAAGUUCAGUGUCAGGGUAACAGAGCCAAUCACAAUCGAUUAUAACGAGGUAGGAGGAAGUGUUGCCUCGGCUGCGGGGUCCGGUAACGCCCAGGAGGCUACACAAGUCACGAAUGCUGUCUGCUCUGUACUGAACGCCAAGGCCUGCAAGGAAGAAGACGAUCCAAAUGCUAAGGAUGCCCGGGCUGACUUCCGUGGCGAGGUAGCCAAGUCGAUGAGUACGUUGCCUGUUGACUCGUUCGACGGGGCGGCACAAAAGGGCGAGGCACUGAACGGGCUCACGGCAAUGCCAGACGAGAUCAAGGAAGAUGCGCAGGAAGCGGUGACGGAUGCGAUGAACGAGAUUGGAGACUUCCUGACCAAAGACAAUAGCGGUAGGAAUCUGGACAACACUGCUAAGAGCCUUAUUUCUGGAAUUGGUAACAUAGUUGGCGCGUCCAGUAACACGGCCAAGAAGGCGCUAAACUCCACCUGUGGAGACCCGUCUAAAAGCACAAACAACACCAAGAAAGCCUUAGACCUUGUCGAGAUAGUUAGUAGCGCAUGUAUGAAACAACUGGUCGCAGGAGACAAGCCAAAAGCCAUCAAGACCGAUAACAUUGACUUGGCAAUAGGACGCAAGGAUCUUAGUGAUCUAGCGAACGACGACGAAGAUGAAAGCGAGGGGGAUACCGGAGGAUUCAGCCUGCCAGAUCCCGCUAUGCUGUUCGGUGGAGCUAAUGCAUCAACUGAAGAGGGAGCAACAAGUGGUAUCGGAUCAACUAUGACAGCCAUGGGUGAUAACCCUUUCCCUGGUGGCAGCGAUGAUCUCAACUCCAAGACCAUCGGCUUAUCACUCACAGAUGGUAACGGUAACCCGCUAGACCUCGCGGGACAGACCCUCGAGAUGUACGUCCCGCGGGAUCUCAAGAAAAACCCGUUGAAACCGAUGGAGCUGAACCACUUUGGCCCUAAUGAUCCUGUUAUGAGAGUACACAAGUUUAACCGAACAACCAAUCUUACCGCCAUCGCUGUGGAGAUCCAGCCUUUCGACCCCCAGAUCAAAUUCCGCAUCCAUGUCCGAUUCGAGACACGUCCCUCGGCCACCCACUUCCACUGGAAUCACACCUUCCCGAGUCUAGAAGAAGCGGCCAAAAUGAAGAGACGGCCACACCCCUUCACCUUCGUCAUCAACCACGUGGUAUUGCGUGACACGUUACUAAGUAGUAACGCAAGUGAUAAUGGGACCGUGUUCAACAGCACGAUGGGCUCAUACUUUUUGGGUAUCAAGGCCAUCAAUAAGGACAGUUUGAGUAGCCCCAACACUAGCUACGCCAUGAGGAUCUACCUACCGGCGUGCAAGUCAUUUGAUGAAGACACUAACACUUGGACCACGAACGGAUGUGUGGUCGGUAACAAAACCCGCGCGAAUAUCACCCACUGCGUGUGCCGACCAGGCGAAGACGAACCCGAGGACAUGGACCCUACAGCUGUCCCCCCCGGCGCAGCUAUAGGCAAUGCAGCGUCUUCCACUGGAGACGACACCUCGUCAGGGGGGCCUGUUCGCGUCAGACGCUUCAAGCGGAAAAAGGUCUUCAAGCUUUCACUAGCGAGUAGUUUCUUUCCCGCGCCGAACCCCAUCGACUUCGAUAAAGUGUUCGCAAACGUGAACUUUGCCGAGAAUCCGAUCGCGCUGUCGGUUGUGCUUAGUAUAUUUGGCGUCUACCUCAUCCUCGCCAUCUACUCGCGCCGGGAGGACAAGAAGGAUAUCGAAAGGGCUGGUGUUACUCCACUGGAAGAUAACGACCCGUCUGACCGCUAUCACUAUGAAAUCACAGUCUACACAGGUUUCGGCAAAAAGGCCGCCACUACUGCGCAAGUCUCGUUCAUCCUCGCAGGCGACGAGGGCGAGGGAGAGCCCCGGAUUCUCAAAGAUCCCAAAAGGAAGACCUUUCAAAGACGGGGCAUCGACGUGUUUCUCGCCACGUACCCGGAGAGCCUCGGAGAGAUCAACUACCUUCACAUCUGGCACGAUAACACAGGGAGGUCACCCUCGUGGUACCUAAGCCGAGUAAUGGUUGAAGACAUCAACAACGACAAAAAGUACAUGUUCAUCAAUGAAAGCUGGCUGGCCGUGGAGGAAGGCGACGGCACUGUGGACCGGCUCAUCCCGGUUGCAGGAAAAGACGAAAUGACCAGCUUCAACCACCUCUUCUACUCUACAACUCAGAAGAAUCUGGCCGACGGUCACUUGUGGUUCUCCAUCUUUAUGAGGCCCGCGCGCAGUCGCUUUACACGUCUUCAGCGAGUUUCGUGUUGCCUGACCCUACUCUAUUGCUCCAUGUUGGCAAACGCUAUGUUCUAUAACAUCGGAGGUGAGACAGAUCCCUCACAGACUCUUCAGAUUGGACCGCUUGCUUUCAGCCCAGCGCAAGUGGGCAUCGGUAUCAUGAGUAGCUUGGUAAUCGUCCCUGUCAACAUCUUCCUCGUCGCUGUGUUUAGGGGUGUCGAGCCGAUGCCGACCCCGGCUGAGUUGAAGGAGAGGAAGAGCCGUAAGUAUUGGUGGUUCUACGAGAUCUUUUUCUGCUUCUUCGACCGCAACCCGAAAAAGAACGACUUCAUUCAGAUUCUGCACAAGAACCACAAACCCGAUGAUUUCCUAGACCUCAGCUCUUCGAGUCGCACAAAUCUCGCUUUCAACGACAGCUUGGAUCUUGGCCUUGGUGACGAUGACAUCAACUUUAGGAUUUCCAAACAGGAGAAACGAGAGGAGAUGGAGAAGAAACAGAAGAAGAAAAAGAAGAAAAAGAAGCAACUGCCGUACUGGUUUCUGUACAUCGCGUGGGUCGUGUGUGGUCUGACUUGCUUCACCUGCUCCUUCUUCGUGGUGCUCUACGGUCUCCAGUUCGGUCAUGACAAGUCUGCUCAGUGGAUCUCCUCCAUGUUAGUGUCGUUCUUCCAAGACGUACUGGUCAGUCAGCCGAUCAAGGUGGUCGCCAUCGCGCUGAUCAUCGCCGCAAUCAUCAAGAAGCCACCAGAGGAGGAGGAUGAUGGCGACAAGAAGAAGCUGGAAGAUGAGGACUGGAUGCACGAUGACGGAAACUCCGAGAAACGAGACAAGAGAAUGAGACCAAAGGGACUUAUUCGCCUGAAACCGCCCAACAAAGAAAAGCUAGAGAAAGAUCGUCAGCAAAGGUUCAAGGAGAUGAAGAUGAGUGCCAUGAUCAAGGAGGUCACACUCUACACGUUCUUUGUGGCCUGCCUUUGCAUUGUCAGCUACUCUCACAGGGAUCCCACCUCCUUCCAGUUCAGGCAGUCAAUGUACAACACGUUUGUUUCUGGAACUUACGGCGGAGUGCGUUCUUUCGAUUCGAUUGGAAGCCGCGAGAAUUUCUACGACUGGGCGAAGACCACACUCAUGACCAGCUUGUUCAAGAACACGUGGUACAAUGGCAAUCCGUACGACGUGGGCUUCACUGGGGAUGGCAUCGCUUACGUGGUUGGCGGGGCGAGGAUGAGGCAGUUGCGCGUAGAGAAACAUUCCUGCGAGGUUCCGUAUCAGUUCAACAAGCUUGUCCAUAACUGUAAGACUUGGUAUGGCUUCUUUGCCGAGGAUACAGGCCAGUAUGACAUAGCCUGGGAGCCACUGAAAAAUGAGUCUCUCUACAAGCCACCAUUUACCUUCAAAUCAUGGGAGUUUUACGAAUCGGCGGAAUUGGACUCUAUGCCGUUUAUGGCAUACGUUUCAAGCUAUGGCGGCGGUGGGUACGCGGCCGAGCUGGGUCAGACAGAGGAACACGCGUUACGAGUCAUCAAAACACUCGAGAAUAACACUUGGAUCGACUCGCAAACGCGCGCGGUCUUCACAGAAGUGUCCACGUACAACCCAGUGUCUAACCUUUUCUGUGCCAUGACUUUCGUGGUAGAGUUCCUUCCCACAAAUGGUGUCUAUCUGUACAUGGAUCUCAAAGUGUCCAGGCUGUUCGCUACCGGGGGUGGCUUUGAAACGUUUCUCGUCGUUUGUGAGUUUCUUGUGGUUGUAUUCUUCCUGAUUUUCAUUUACCAGGAACUCAAGCAGCUCUACCGAAUGAGGAAGGCAUACUUUAAGGAUUUCUGGAACAACAUCGAAUUCACCAUGGUUAUUCUCGUGCUUGCCAGCGUGUGCAUGUUCCUGAUGAGGCUGAAACUCGUGGAAAGCGCACUGACCAAACUUGAGAAGCAGGGUAACACGUUCGUGAGCUUCAGCCGAGUGUCGUCUUGGAGCGAAGCCUUCAUGAUUGUAGUUGCCUUAUUGGUUUUCACGACAUGGCUCAAAGGAAUCAAACUUCUUCGGUUUAAUCCGAGGAUCCUGAUGUUGACCAGGACCCUGAAAGGCGCGGCAGGGCCUCUGGCAACCUUCUCUGUGGUCUUCCUUGUCUUCUUCAUGUCCUACGCGUUGUUUGCUUUUGCUGUCUUCGGUAAGGACAUCCAGUCGUUUUACAAUUUUGUCACGACUGCUGAAUCCGUGAUGGGACUUCUUUUGGGAUCCUUUGAUUAUGGAGAGAUAGAGGAAGCGCAGCCGAUCUUGGGUCCGAUUUUCUUUUUCACUUUUAUGGUAUUUGGUAACUUUAUUAUCAUGAACAUGUUCUUGACGAUUAUCAUGGACGUAUUUGCCGAGGUGAAGGAACAGCUGUCCGAGCAAAACGACAGCGAGUUCGAGGUGGUCGAAUUCAUGGUUCGGAGAUUCCGAAAGUUCACCGGAAUGCAGCCGAACAAAGUGAACAUGGAGGAUGCGGAGGACAAAAAAGAAAUGGAGGAAAGACUCAAAGAGGACAUGACGGUGUUUAAGGUGAAGAAGAAGAAGAACCGCCACCGCAAGUUGCAGCCCAUGGACCUCGUGGCGCAGAGGUUUUCGCGGUUGGACGACUCCCUCAAGGGAUUCUGUUGCGAUGAGUGGGCAGAGGAGCGCAUGCUAGAUGAUAUCGUGGAGCGCAAAUGGGGUAUUAACACCGACGAGGUUAACAGAUCCGCUCAGUGUGAGCUGAAGCACGCCGAGCAGCAAGAGGCGUUCCGAUUGGACAUGUACGCGGCGCUUGACAACUACGAGGCUUCCCCCACUGAUGAGGACGCCUUCACCUUCAGUUUCCCGGAUGGAGAAUUCAAACGAGACUUGAGCGAGGCUUAAACCUUUACAAUAUGCAUGCGGGAUGUUCCACCAGUUCAGAAGCAAGGCAUAGCCAGUCUGUACAUAAUGCAUGCCGGAUAUCCUAUCAGUCCACCUCGAAAGCAAGGCUUAAACGUGUCCAUAAUGCAUGCAUUAUAUUCGGCCAUUUCAGCCUUUUCCUAUUGAUACUACAUGUUAUACUUAGCUGGCUCUUGAGUCUGGAGAGAGGGUCUCGGAAUUUACCAUGAAUUUACUUUUAUCCUGCUUUAAACGAGUCCGAUUCUAUUGAAACUUAAAAAACCCUGUAUUUCAAUCAAGUAAUUGUUACCUAUUUAUGUUUUGACAAGGGCUUAACCAAUUAAGCUUGCUUGAAUUUGGCAUUAUUUAAGUCAUUUUAAGCCUUACUGUUUUCUUUUAUAUUUUUGCAAUCAUUUGCCGUUUUAUUUGUGUUCAUUUGAGUCUUUAUCUUAAAACUGUACUGAACUCUUGUAUUGAACUUAUAUUAUAGCAAUAUUACUAAUAUAUCCUAAAUACACUUAACAGAGCCUCGAUGCAAUAUUGGAUUGGAUUGGAUUUUUUAAACAGCAUAGCAGACUUUACUUUAAAAACUAAUUUAUCUCUAAAAUAGUUUUGUAUUUUAUUGCAGAACCAUAAUUCGAACGCAUUUCGUGGUAAAAUGGGUUUUCUUUGUCAUAAAACCAACAUCCACCGCUUGGAAGAAGUCUCAGUUUGCGGGGCUGGGUGAAAGGAACUUUUUUAAUAGCUUUUGGUCGUUGUUUUGCGCAUAAUUAUGAAUAAGAAUUUGAAAAUGAUAGUACUGGCAAA